AAAAGAAAUUCUCUCUCUCUCUCUCUCUCUCUCUCUCUCUAGUCUCUCUCAUAGUCGUUGGCUCUUCUUUCUUCUUUCUCUCUCCUCCAUUUCCAUGGCGAAACAAACCGAAAACGCAGUAUCACCAUCACAAGCAUCGAACUACACAACAAUUUCACUGUAAUUGAAGCAUUGUAGUAGAAUUACUGUUUAUCAAUUGCUUGAAUUUGAACAAUGCCUAUCUCAAGGUACCACAUUCGGAAUGCGCAUGGUUUGGCGGAUCCGGAGCUGCACAGUGCUGCUGAUAAAGAUGACUCUGAAGCUCUCCUUGAAGCUGUUGCUAUGAGUGGACUCGUUGGGUUCUUGCGUCAGCUCGGUGACCUCGCUCAGUUUGCUGCCGAGUUGUUCCAUGACUUGCAUGAAGAAGUAAUGGCUACUGCUGAAAGAGGCCACAGUCUUACGUCUCGUGUUCAGCAGCUUGAGGCUGAAAUUCCUCCACUUGAGAAAGUGUUUUUGUCACGAACUCAUCAUUCGUCUUUUUUUACAAAUGGAGGGAUUGACUGGUGUCCUAAUCUUCGAUCCGAACCGCAUCUUGUUACACGCGGAGAUUUACCUAGAUUUAUAAUGGACUCAUAUGAAGAAUGUCGUGCUCCGCCUAGACUUUUCCUUCUAGACAAGUUUGAUGUGGCUGGUGCUGGGUCAUGUCUGAAACGUUACAGUGAUCCAUCAUUCUUCAAAGCAGAGCCGGCUUCCUCUGUAACAGCGACAGUAGAAGUUCACAGGGAAAGGAAAAUUCGUAAAGUUAGGCAAAAGAAAGGAGAAUGGCCGAGGGAUGGUGAAACACCUGGAGUUGUACCAUCACAUUCAAAACUGCAUCAGUUGUUUCUUGAGGAGCGUAUUGAGAAUGCGUGUACUGAUCCUGCUCGCCUUGUGAAAUUGAAAAAAAGACAAUUGGAUGGAUCUGCAGUUGAAACAAAAUCUGGUAGAAGUUAUAUGGAGGAAAUUCUGGAAAGGCCCUCACCUGAUCAUAAAAUGGUUCGUGAAACUUCAAUCACUCCACUGCCUGUGAAAUCAAUGUCAGACGACACUUGUGAGCAGAAACUAGAACUGAGCAGAAACUAUGGCAUUUCACCUAUGAGAAGGUCUAUGGGAAAUGGCGAAAUGCAUUCUUCAUUAAAUGAGCAUGAAAUAGAACUGAAUUCAUACACACAAAUGGACAGGACAAAUGGAUAUCUUGUGAAGGAGCCUGAACAAAUCUCUUCUGGUGGGACAGAUGAAAUGCCUUCUAAGCAUCACAACGUACCUGAUGAAACAGAACUGGAGGACGAUGAUGAUGAACAAAAUAAAAGAGAAUUCAGUCUAGACAGAUAUCAUUCUGAUGAUGCGGGUAGUGAGGCUGAUGAUUAUAUGGAUGCAUUAGCUACAAUAGACUCGGACUUGGAAGUAGACAAUGAGUGUAGACCUAAGAAAAGCUUGUUAAAUGUUCAAAAGGUAACUGAUUCGUACGGUGAAGAAGAACAUCAGCUGCAAGCUCAAUUUUCAGAUUCACAAUCAUUUGGAGACUCGUCAUUAUCUGAGGAAAUUAGUUCAUUUGAACAAGAUAGAAGUGAAGAGCAUGAUGAAGUGCCAGCUCGGCUGCCAGAUUCUCAUUCAGCAGGAACCUAUUGUGCAUCUGAUGAUCAUAGUUUAUUCCAAAGAGAUAGUAAUGAAGAACAUACCCAACCGCAAGCUCAGUUUUCAGAUUCUCAAUCUAUUGGAAACUCCUCAUCAGAGACUGAAAAUAUGUCAUCCAACCAGCUUCCCCAUACUGUUGAAUCGCAAAAAACUUGUGAUGAAUUUUUCUCACAUUAUGAUGAUGCACAUGAUAAUGGGCGAGCAAUAUCUGAUUCUGGAUCAGUCUCUUCUGGUACAUGUCCGGUGGAUUCAGGAUGUUUAUUGUUGUCUUUAGACCAUGGAGCUACAGCUACCUCGCUAGCGGCCCUACCUACAAAGACUCAGUCAGAUGAGACACCGCAUGUGGCAAACCAUUCUAACAUCGAAGUCAUGCAGACAGAAUCUCUUAACGAGGACUGCUCUGAAAUAUCGGUUGUUGGAGACAUUGGUUCACGAGAGGAGAAUCCCAUUUGUCUGCCCAUGGAAGUAGACCUGAAUUUGGGUACUAAGUUGCUGCUUGACGAUCGGGACUUCAAAUCUGAUAAUGAUAAUAACAAAGCAAUGCAACUUGACUCGGAAGAUUCAUUUCCUGUUCUGGAGACUAACGUAGAGACUAGCUUUACAGAAGAGUUAUGCUCUGAUUUUACGCACGGAAAUCCACAAGAUGAACCCGAUUCAGCAGAAGUUGAAAUUCUGUAUCCUGAUCAGCUAUCAAAUUUUAAAGAGGUACCAAUGACAAUGCUUGGCGAUGAAAUAAAUGGACCCACCUGCAGUUUGGAUACAGUUGAAGAUGAUGAUCGUAUGAAACAUCCAGCUUCCCCUGAUUGCAUACUGCAGGAUGAUUAUGUCAUGGUAAAUAAUAUGUUCCCAGUAACAGUUCAGUCCAAAGAUCUGGAUGUAUCUGCUGUUUCUUCUUUUGAUAGUGCCGAUACUGGUGCAAGUAUUGCUAAUUGUCUAGCUUCAGAUUCUAUUUCUUCCCCAUCAAUGAAUCCUUCAAAUUUGCACGAAUCUUUGCUUGGUUCUAAAGAUUCCUAUAGGAUGGAAAUAGAAUCCAUAGACUUGACAAAAGUUUCUGUAGACUUGAAUGCCGAGAAGAAAGAAUAUCAACUAGAACCAUUUUCGUAUAUCACAUCUCCUGUUGGUAGUCUUACAAAGCUUGAAGAAUCACUUUCUACUUUCGAAUAUCCUCAUGAGAAAAAGAUGGAAGUCAAUGAGGAAGUUGCAAGAGAUUCUUUGACAGAGUUAACGUCACAUACAGUAGUGGAGCAACCGGACAUUGCUUCUACUGAUAAACAGUUGAACCUGAACAAGACAGUUCCUUCUGAUUCAUCUGACUCUGGCAUAUGUAAUGAUUUUCAACAUUCAUUGCCGAAGGAGAAAAUCCAAGAUGGUUCUCCUCUCAAUGACAUGAAAAUGGCGACCCAAUGUUCAGAGCUAGACUCUGGGUCAGAAUCUGUAUUUGCUUGUCAGAAUGAUCUACAGAACAGCAAAAAUGGUUUUUCACCACCUUCCUAUAAUCGUCAGGACCCUGAAAGCCAUAUUGAGUUUACUUCUGAAGUCCAUCCAGAGGAACCUUCACAUUGUUACUUAUCAAUGUCAUCUGAUCAGAAGAUUAACCCAACAAAGCAUGUCAUGGAUCCAAUGAAACCUCUACUUCCUGAUCUUUUUCCCAAGGAAACAAAAAUCAAUCUUGAGGAGACGCCACCUAUGCCCCCUCUACCACCAAUGCAAUGGAUAACGAGCAAGGUGCAAAAUGCUUCCUCAGUUUCACAGAGAGAAGAAACAGGUGUAAGUCAAACAUCAUUUCAACCAGUACAGCCAGUUAAACCUGAUUAUAACUCACAAUUUGGUUUAUCAACUUCUGAAAGAGUAACCUCGCCGUAUCAUAAUCCUUUCUUGCCUGCUGUGGCUGUGGGAAGUAAUAAAAGCCUACACUCCUCUGGGUUAUCUGUGGGUGUUUCAGAGUAUCCUGUUGCUAUUCCUUUGCAAUUUCCUGUAAUGGUAAAUGAAGCAAAUGGUCAGCAUAACUACCAAGUCCCGGAGAGAAGUCAAGUUCACAACCCUUUUUUAACAUUACCGAUGCUAUCUUAUGGUUGGCUUCGACAUGGAAGUGUCAUUGCUUCAGAGGGAGAAAGCAUCUUGAUAUCAACUCCAUGCCCACAAAUACUGCCUGCUGAAUGUGCUGUUUUUGAGACUGAUCCCAUCCAUCAACAAGAAAAACUGACUCAGCUCACAAAUCAGUUUAUGGAAGACACUAGUUUAGAAGCUCAAAUGGAUAGGACUGGAGAGAGCGUAUUGGACUCAAGUCCAUCCCGACCAAUACUGCCCACUGAAUGUGCUGUUCCUGGGGCUGAUCCCAUCUUUCAACAAGACAAGCCGACUCAGUCUUUUAGUCAAAUAAUGGAAGAUACAAAUUUUGAAGCUAAAAAGGAUAGUCCUGGAGAAUUGCAUUUCGAGCUACCUGCUGAAUGUCCUGUAUCUGUAGAUGAUUCCAUUUCACCAAAAGAACAAGAUUUUGAUUCUCCAAAUCAAAUAAUGGAAGAGACUGUUUUAGAAUUUACAACACUUGACGAGUCAUCAAUUGAUCUGGUAAGGAAUCAAGGAGAUCAUUUAGUCUCACCUGAGUCACCACCAAGUACAGAAAUUGUGCAGCCUAAUCACAGCAUGCAGCCUUCAGAAGGAGAUCUGGCACUGUCAUUGGAUAAAUCUGCUCAAUCAUUAGCGUUUGAUAGUCAAAUACCAAAUGGAAAAUCAAAGAAUAAGCUUCCUCCCCCUCCUCAUAACCAUUUAUUUGAUGUUGUUGCCGCUCUUGACAAAAGCAGGCUGAGGAAGGUCACUGACCGUGUUAGGCCCCCAAUAGCACCAAAGGUAGAUGAAAGAGACUCACUGUUAGAACAGAUUAGAACGAAGUCUUUCAACUUGAGGCCUGCUGUGGCUACACGACCCAACGUUCAGGGUCCAAAAACAAACUUGAGGGUUGCAGCCAUCUUGGAGAAAGCAAAUUCAAUUCGUCAGGCAUUGGCUGGAAGUGAUGAAGACGAUGAUGCAGACAGUUGGAGUGAUUCUUGAAUUUACUACAUAAUGAAAAACACUGAUCUAGAACCAGUGAAUGUUUUUCUAUUGUGGUUCUUGCCCUAAGUCAGGUGUAAAAACCUUUCUUCUCUCUAAUGAAUAGGAAAGAAUAGGAAAGUUACUUCAAUACAAAAGAUUCAUUAUCCUAGUGUGUUCUUAUACGGUACUUUGGACAACAAAUGUCCCCUCCCGAGUCCACCCAAUGCAUGUACAGAGCGUGUAAGCAUAAACAUGGGAAUAAGCACACUGUCUUGCAUCAAUCCAGAGCGUUUUACGGAGGUGAAACUUGCUUCAGUUAGACUCAGGGCCAGCGUAUAAGCGCUGUAUCCGUCCAGAUCAAUCAACCUAUAAAUUUUUUUUCUUUCCAUAUAAGUAGUCUAUAUUUUUGCUGUUGUUGUCAUAAUUUUUUGAUUCAAUUGUCAUGAGUAAAUUUGUAAUUCUGUAAUAUAGUAGGUUACUGAUAAUACCAUAUACUUCAUCUAUUUGUGUCCCAUACAUAGUAUAUAUAUGUAUACAUGUGAGUAAAGUACUUUGAUGUAUUGUACAGUUUCUAUUCUGUCAAUGCCUUAGUCCAUCGAUAUGAUUAGUA